CCAGGGUGGGCCUUUCUGCCUGUGUGUGUAUGUGUGUGCAGGGUGACAGCAUUGAUCCUCUGUCCUGUGAAUUCCAGCUGCAAGUAUAAAUCCCCCAAGAGUGGAGCACCCCUUCCCUGAGAUGUGUUGGGGUAGGAUGGAAAAAGUCACUGUCUGCUGUAGAACACUGUAACACCCCAUCAGCCUAUCACCAUCGGGCCGUCCACCACAGGAUCACUGCUCCAUACCAUCUCAACACGAAUCGUCCUUUGUGUCAUCAGUUCAUUAAUAAAGGUGUCGGGUGUUCAGUAUGGAAAUGGAGAAAUUGGCGGAUGGUGAAGAUUCUCUUAUGUUGAACGGAAGUGUUUCGGAAAGCUUGAACACAGACAGAGUAACGCUAGAGGAGGGAUAUGAGGCAGAUGAACCAGUCAGCCAGGAGCAGGAGGGAUUCCUGCAACAUGUAUCGAGUCAGAAAACCCAGUUUACUGAUUUUGAAGGAAAGACGUCUUUUGGGAUGUCAGUGUUUAACCUGAGCAAUGCCAUCAUGGGCAGUGGAAUCCUGGGCCUUGCCUUUGCUAUGUCUAACACAGGGAUCAUUCUUUUUGUGAUCCUUCUGUUAUCCAUUGCGCUCUUGUCUGCUUACUCCAUCCAUCUUCUCCUUAAGUGUUCUGCAGUUGUAGGUAUCCGAGCCUAUGAACAGCUAGGGCAAAGAGCAUUUGGAUCGGUGGGAAAAAUUCUAGCAGGACUAAUCAUAACCAUCCACAAUGUGGGCGCAAUGUCCAGUUAUUUAUAUAUUGUCAAAUAUGAGCUUCCCCUUGUGAUUCAAGCCUUCCUGGGACUGCACGAACCGACUGGGGACUGGUAUUUCAAUGGUAACUUCCUCAUCAUCAUUGUCAGUAUCCUCAUCAUUCUUCCUCUCGCACUCAUGAAACAUCUGGGUUAUUUGGGUUACACAAGCGGAUUCUCUCUCAGUUGUAUGGUGUUUUUCCUUUGUGCGGUGAUCUACAAGAAAUCUGUAAUAGCAUGUCCUCUGAAUGCAACACAUACAGAAGAUCACAUGUACACUAAUGGCUACAACACCACUGAGGAAAGCUGCUCCCCUAAGUUAUUCACUAUCAACACUCAGACCGCUUACUCCAUCCCCAUUAUUGCGUUUGCCUUUGUGUGCCAUCCCGAGGUUCUGCCCAUAUACACCGAGUUGCGCAGAGCCACCACAAGACGAAUGCAGAAUGUGGCCAACGUCUCCAUCUUAGCCAUGUUUGUCAUGUACUUGAUGACAGCUGUGUUUGGCUACCUAACUUUCUAUGGUAACGUGGACUCGGAGAUGUUGCACACAUAUAACAAAGUGGACCCUCUAGACACACUUGUGUUGUGUGUACGUCUUGCCGUGUUAGUAGCCGUUACGCUAACUGUGCCGGUUGUCCUAUUUCCGAUCCGUAGAGCCAUCCAGCAGCUACUCUGCCCCGGUCAGGACUUUCGCUGGUGGCGGCACAUCCUUAUUGCUGUGUGUUUGCUGAUAUCAGUUAACCUGCUGGUCAUCUUUAUCCCUAACAUUAAAGAUAUUUUUGGUGUUAUUGGAUCCACUUCAGCCCCAAGUUUGAUUUUCAUCCUGCCAAGCAUUUUCUACAUAAGAAUUGUUCCCAGAGAAAAGGAGCCUCUUUUGUCACGUCAGAAGAUUCAGGCUGCCAUCUUUGCUGCCCUGGGCUUCGUCUUCAUGAUAAUGAGUCUGAGUUUUAUGAUCGUGGAUUGGGCGACAACAGGAAAAAGUAACGUCGGGGGGCACUAGCCUGCCCUUGGCUCCCUCUCCCAUGGUUAAGGACAAUAGGUCAGCCCUCCCAAGACCUGUGCAUAACACAAAGGACAGUCGCUGCUGACACAGGAGUUUUUGGGUGUAUCUGACCAAGUGGAGAGUGGGGCUCCCAAUCAGUACCAGACAAGACAUUUUAAGCCAUAAGUGCCCCCCCAAAAACUUUACUAUGCCCCCCAGCUGCUGCAAGGCCUCACUACGAUCACUUGAUGUGUUUGUUUCCGGUCUCUUCGUCUUGGUCAUUGGAGGCUGUUUUCCUCGCCAUCGGAUCAUGGGACAAUCAUUCAUCUUUCUAAGAGUAUUCACUCAUGUCAGUUUUCUCUUCCCUCAAUGCUACCAAAGUGUCAAUGAAUCACAGUGUAUCUACCUCACCGCCCCCUGCUCUACAGGGGUAUCAGUGUAUUGCACUCAGGGGGUUAGGUAAUCUCUCUAAGGGGAGAGGACACUGCAGCAGCAGAGCAUUAUGAUGUGCCAUGUUGCACUGUAUAGAAAAUAACAUUACAUGUUACAUACUAUCUGCCAUCUUCAUUAUGCAGCUUGACACAAACUCAUUGUGUUACUCCUCGACAGAUUUAAAGCAUUUGCUCAAACAAGGCCCUCUAAUUACAGUUGCAUAUGUCAUACAUACGGUCUUAAUACGUCCUAGAGUGUGAACAAUGUUACAUGGCUGUAGUCAUACUCGGCGCAGCUCUAUGGUGCAGCUGGUUCCCUAUUAGAACACUGUGAUCUGCCAGGUCACAUCGGUUCCCCCUCCGUCCUGAUCACUGUGAAUAAUGCAGGAUCCCCCCCACCCCAUUACCUACCAUCACGGUGGUGAUCCUUCAGAGUCACACAAUCCCGACAUGUUACGUGCUUGGAGAGCAGCUGUACAAGGCAUGGUUUACACAUGUGGAAUGUAGACCAUGGAAAGAAUAUUUUAAUAAAUUUUUAAACAAUG